AGCAUAUUAGCAUAUUCCCCCGUUCGGAGGAAAAAAAGGCAAAUGUCGGGAAAGAGAACCCAUAUCGACGACGAUGACGACGACGACACCUUCUACCACCGCUACUCCUCCACGGCACCACCGCCUAAUCAGCUCUCCUCUUCCUCCUCUGGCACCAAUAAGCGCAGCGGCAGCGGAGGCCUAGCUCCAUCAAAAUCAACAGUCUACGUGAGCAACUUAGACUACUCCUUGACAAACUCCGAUCUCCACACAAUCUUCUCCAACUUCGGAAAAGUAGCCAAAGUCACCGUCCUUAAAGACCGCUACAGCCGCCAAAGCCGAGGCGUUGCAUUUAUCCUCUUCGUGUCUCGCGACGAUGCCAUAAAAGCUGUGAAGGGAAUUGACAAGAAAGUCCUCAACGGCAGAACCCUAACUGCUUCCAUAGCUUCUGAUAACGGCCGGGCCCCGGAGUUUAUAAAGAAGAGAGUGUACAAGGAUAAGAGUAGGUGCUAUGAGUGUGGCGAAGAAGGGCAUCUGUCGUAUGAGUGUCCAAAGAAUUUGUUGGGGCCUAGAGAAAGGCCGGCGCCUUCGAAAAAGGGAAGGAGAGACGGUGGGGGUAGUGGAGGAGGCUGGGGAAGAAGAGAAGUGGAAGAGGAAGAGGAGGAGCAGGAAAUGGCGUUGUUUGAAACGGAUAAUUGGGCGUCAGUGGUGGAUAAGGGGGCAGAGGAUAGGUUGUUGAGAGGGGAGGAGGAGGUGAGGAAGAAGAAGAAGAAGAAGAAGGAGAAGAGAAAAGGGUAUUUUAGUGAUGAGAGUGACGAGGAUGAUGAAUGAGAGGUGUGGCAUCAGCUUGGAAUUUUGUAAAUUAUACUGUUGUAAUUGGGUUACUGCUGUGAGGAAGUUAACUAAAGGUAGAAUAUGGUUGGACAUGCUGGUUGGCUGCUCCAAGAAAAGUUUUCUGUAGGCUUUGCAACUGCCUUCAAGGCUUCGUUUUUUUUACUAUACUACAUCAAAGGCAAUCUGCACAUGCCUAUCAAGAUCUUGAUUGAGAUUCUGGCAAAUUACAUUUUUUAUCCGUGAAUCAUACGACUACUGAGAGAUGUAUGAGCAUACUUGAAAUCGCUAGCAUCUUAUUUAAUGAUGAGAUCUGACUUUGAGUGAGUGGUUUUUUGCACCAUUUUAUGUUGCAGCUUGUAAUUCAUGUUAUAGACUUGUAUCUCAUAAUUGUCUCCCUCUAUAUUGUCAAGAGAUUGGAUGAUGCUCGCUUUGUUCGCAAGCUUAAUGUUACUUACAGGGGAAUGUGCAU